UUCCGCUCCGACUCUGGGUAUUAUAACAUUACCACCAUGCUCUUGCAACAUGCAGCUCCUCGAAAAAGCGUCAGCUCUUGUCUAGUCUCCAGCGUUGCACGGAAACGACAGGUGCCACACCGAGGAUUUACCUGCGGUGGAUCGGUACCACUGGCCUCGACGGUGCUUCCAGACGCAUCGCCGGAUUUAUUCCUCAAAUUUGUGUCUUCGGCGCAGUCUAUUCCUCUACGUUUCACGAGGACUGGUAACGAUGCUGCCAGGGAGCCUGUGCGCGCGCGCGAACUUGUGAGUGCUCUGCGAAAGGGCGAAGACAGGCUCGUCGACAUAGAGCUUGGUCGUUACGAUAACACUGCCCCGGGCGCGUUUGAGCGCGUUCCUAUGCGCCUUGGCCAGUAUCUGGACUGGCUAGAAGACGACACACGCAGUGGCGGCACAAUUGGGGGCCAGCAGCUGUAUCUCGCUCAGUGGCGAGGGAAGGACGAGAUACUCGAGAUUGCAGAUGUAGUGAGGCCGCCGUCGCUCCUUAGCCCUCUGCUCUCGAGCGGCGCAGUCGAUCUCUACCAGAGCAGUUUCUUCGUCGGCCCCAACAAUGCUGUCACCUCGCUUCAUUAUGAUCCAUACGAAAAUCUAUAUCACCUACAUGCAUCCUCAGCUCCGAUCGUCUACGCGAAACAUUUUGUCUUGCUGCCUCCAUCAGUCUCCCAUGCUAUCAGACGCGGCGACACACAAAGCUCCUUACGCAAUACCUCUCCUAUUGAGCUUUCUCUCAAACGCAAGCCGUAUGAAGACUCGAUCACGGACUCUCCGGGUGCAAGAACUCAAAUAUUUGACGUCUUAGUAGAUGCUUCCGCACCCGCCCGAUCCGCGGAGGCAAUCUCGCAACAUGCGCUCACCUGCGUUCUUGUCGAGGGCGAGACGCUCUUUAUCCCACGAGGCUGGUGGCAUCGAGUAGAGAAUGUUGCUUUGCCUAAUGGAGGCCGCGAUCUAUCGAAGACCGCACAGUGGACUGCUGGCGUCGGGUGGUGGUUUUUGUGCCGCAAGUCGUGAUAGUAUUCAUAUUCCAUCAAUCUAACUGGGACCCUGCUUAUUCCGUCACUCU